AUGGCUUCUCCGCCUCCUCCAUCCAAAGCAUGGGACCACCAGGUAGACGACCGUGUGAACCACAUCGUCGAAAAGCUUGACCAAAACCCCGAAUUCUCUGAGAAAAACGCACCCGGUCUUAAGGACCUCUUGUCGGACUUUGCAUCCCCCGAUGUGCUAGUCUCGGGUGUCGAGUUUCAUCGGCGCCUUCUUCAAGUGUUCAAGGAUUCAGAAACCGAUGACACGUAUUCGAGGACGCUGAGCCAGUAUACACCCGAGGAGCAAGAGCAGAUUAAAAAGUUUGCCGAGGGAGCCGAUCCGAAAGACCUUGGUCAGAACUUCACCCUUGGGCCGAGCCUUGGCUGCCGGGAGGAGCUUGGAAAGCUCCAACAAGCAGAUUCUAUUGUUCAAAUUACCCCCCACAGUGGUGUCGAGGAUAUCACUCCCACCCACCUAUCAGUCACAACCUCGAGUCUCAGCGUGAGCUCGAGAAGCUUCAGGGUUGCCAGCACCAAGCCGGCUGCCGAUGACUGGUUUGACAAGGCUGUCAAGAGUUUGGCGGAGUUUCUCGAUGACGGCAAGCCCGAUCAGCUAAUCAAGGUGUAUAAAAAUGCCAUUUUCCAGAACUGGGGACUGAAUAUUACCUACACCCCUGUCCUUACCUGCGUUCCCAGCUCGACUGAAGAUAUACAAUCAAUUGUUCAAUUCGCUAAACUACGCAAUAUGAGCGUCAGGUGCUCAGGAUAUCGACACUCCUGGUCGCCAAUCUUUGGUAAGAAUGGUCAAAUCCUGAUCUCCAUGCUUGAUAUAGCGACGGUCACGACACUGCCCAACAUUGCAGCGCUCCCACUUCCAGAGUCGCCACCCAAUAAGCUACAGGAGAUUAGCUUUGUGUCCGGGGAGCCUCGCGUCCCCGGAAACAAACUUGUCCGCGUGGGUUGCGCAACAACCAACGAACGGCUGCGCCGGUGGUGUAUUGAGCAAGGGACUGUGACUCUUCCUCUCAACGUUAUCAUGGUUGAGAUCACACUUGGUGGCAGCAACGCACCGAUCUGUCACGGUGCUGGCCGCCAGAACAUGACGCUGAGUGACCUUGUCCGCAAGAUUGAAUACGUCGAUGCGAACGGCGUGCCACGAUCUGUUGAGAAACCCGAGCACCUGCGCGCUGCGAGUGGCUGUUUCGGCCUUAUGGGAGUCGUCACAUACAUAACGAUGGAGUUUGCGCCUAUGAGCUAUGCAGAGCUUGCUCCCCAGAAGAUGCCCGUCAUCCGGGCUGUACCUCCACCACCAGGUCUUGCUGAGGAGGACAUUCCCCCUGCUCUUCUCAAGUACUGGAAGCCCUUAUCUGCUGCCGAGAAGCAGAAGUGUCAGGCGGACUUCGAGAAUCGGGCUACCAACGACUACUAUGCUGAGUGGUUCUGGUUCCCAUAUUCCGACUAUUCCUGGGUAAACACGUGGAACGCCACCAAGGAUCCUAAAGGCGCAGUAUCCUUCCCAGAUAAGACCCAUAUUUUCAUCUCGUUCCUUCAAACAGUUACGAUGAACAUUCUGCAAAACGCACCGCUAGCCAAGGACUUGAUCCAACUUGCCGGCCUAUCAGAAGCUUCAGUUACACUCAUCUCAGCCGCCGCAAUGAAAGCACUCCCGGAGAAGGCUGUCAAGACCUUUCUCCCGGAUGCUUUGCACUUUCAGCGAGCAAUCCAGAAUGUCCGAGUGCGGGAUAUCGAGGUUGAGAUGCCCCUCGUUGCAAAGAAAGGAGGCCCUGGGAAUGCAAUAGACUUUACUCCGGUUCAACAGGCUUGGUGGGAUGCCAUCCUUCUUACCUACAAGAAUAGCGACAAGUGCCCUAUGCGCAUGCCUCUUGAAAUGCGCAUCAUGGGUGGAAGCGACGUAAUUAUGGCGCCCCAACGCGGGAAUUCUCUUGGUACAUGCAGUAUCGAGGUCCUGACUCUACAUAGCGCGAAAAACAUUUGGGAGCCAUUCGCACAAUCAGUCCUAGACAAGUGGAUGGCACUCAAGGACCCCUCAACUGGCGAAAGGCUGAAGAUACGCCCUCAUUGGGCCAAGGAGUGGUACAACUACAAUGUUGACGGCAAACCAUGGAUCGACCGACUCAAGUCUGUGGAUUACAAGAACGAGAGACAGGAGUUUCUCCAGGUGCUUGCCGAGAUUGGAAAAGAUGCAAACUGGUCGUUGCAAGAUCUGCAAGCCAGAUUCUCUAAUGAGGUUUUCGACAAAUUCUUCUUCGAUGAAACGGCAUAG